GAUUACGAUAGUACACCCCACCGCUGCAGCUCGCGCAUUUCGUUUUUCGACAACCGCCAUUCUCGUGGUAGCACGCGUGUUGGGUGAAGUUUACGAGUUCUAUAGUUUACCGUAGAGGAUUAUACAAAUAUAGAAUUGGUGAACAAAAUGUAUGAAUAGUGAAACCUGAAUUAUAAUUUUGACAAUAACUCAUUGAAGCCUCGAGGAUGUCGAACAACGGUGUUGAUAAUAACAUGAAUAAGACUGAUAAGAAUAAUAAAUUAGAUAUACCAUAUGCACAUAGGGAUAUUGAGAAGGGUACCCGUGCAGGGAGUUCUGGUAUAUCUUGGGCCAAGGUCUUCGUUAUGGUUGUGGCGCUGGCCGUGCUGGUCGCAGCAUGUGCUGUAACAAUUGUGUUUGUGGACUGGCAGACUGGUCUCAUAGUGCUGGCUGUGUUCGUACCAGUAUAUGUGAUUUUAUAUUUCUGGAGGUUCCUAUAUAUUGUUGUGAAAACUGGGCCAAGGGAUAUGAGGGCAUUAUAUUGCUAUGUUAAAAUAUUGAGGCUUACGAAUAAUUUCUCAAAAAGAGAUUGGACGAUGCCGGAUAUCUUUCACGAGAAUGUCAAGAGACAUCCGAACAAACCGUGCUUCUUGUUCGAAGACGAGACGUGGACUUUCAAACAGGUUGAAGAUUUCAGUCUUCGCGUAUCAGCUGUUCUGAAAGCGCAAGGUGUUAAAAAGGGCGAUACAGUUGGUGUGAUGGCCAGUAAUUAUCCCGAAAUGCCUUCAAUUUGGCUUGGGACCGCCAGAAUUGGUGGUGUUUCACCACUUAUUAACACCAAUCAAACAGGAAACACACUACUACAUUCGAUAAAUGUAGCAAAAUGCGAUGUUCUUAUAUAUGGAAGUGAAUUUGAAACUGCUAUACAAGAAGUCAAAAAGGAGCUCAAUUCAUCACUUCGUUUACUUAAAUUCACCCGUCGACCACUGAACACAAAUGACAGUGCCAAAAUGGCCGAAUCUGAUAAUGAUUUUACGCAUAUGUUGGAGACGACAGCACCUGCGACCUGGAGCAAGGCCGAUAGUGACGGAUUUAAUGGACGACUGCUCUAUAUAUACACAUCUGGAACGACGGGUCUGCCUAAGGCUGCUGUUAUUUCGCCUUCAAGAAUGUGCUUCAUGGCAUCCGGUGUACAUUUCCUCGGAAGCCUGAACAGGAAUGACGUCAUAUACUGUCCCAUGCCCCUAUACCACUCCGCUGGGGGAGUGAUUACUGUCGGCCAGGCCUUUAUCUUUGGAUGCACUGUUGCAUUGAGGAUGAAAUUCUCAGCCACUUCCUAUUUCCCAGACUGCAUUAAGUAUAAGGCUACUGCUGCACAUUACAUUGGCGAAAUGUGUCGCUACAUAUUGGCAACGCCAUCAGCAGCAACCGACAGACAACACAAAGUCCGCACUGUGUAUGGAAACGGAAUGCGACCAACGGUUUGGAAUGAGUUUAUAAAUCGUUUUGGAAUCAAAAAGGUCGUGGAAUUCUACGGCGCCACAGAAGGAAAUGCUAACAUUUUAAACAUCGAUAAUAAGCCAGGUGCAAUAGGUUUCGUAUCCCGAAUCAUUCCUGCAGUGUAUCCUAUAGCUAUUAUAAAAGUUGACGAAGAAGGAGAGCCGAUAAGGGAUUCGAAGGGACUUUGUCAGGUCGCCAAAGCAAAUGAACCGGGCGUCUUUAUAGGUAAAAUAAAGCCUAAUAACCCAUCAAGGGCUUUCCUGGGUUACGUGAGCAAAGAGGACUCAGACAAGAAGAUAGUUAGGAAUGUAUUCAAUCACGGCGACUCAGCGUUUAUAUCAGGAGACAUAUUAAUAUCGGACGAGCUCGGUUAUCUUUACUUCCGGGAUCGCACGGGCGACACCUUCCGGUGGCGUGGAGAAAAUGUCAGUACCACGGAAGUGGAGGCUGCUAUAUCCAGGGUUGCUGACCAGAGAGACGCUGUUGUAUAUGGAGUAGAGAUUCCGAGUAACGAGGGUAGAGCGGGCAUGUGCGGUAUAGUUGACAGUGACGGAUCCUUGGAUUUGGAGAAACUCGCUAAAGAUAUGGCAAAGGAUUUGCCGAAAUACGCCAGGCCAGUGUUCUUACGAGUCAUGAAAUCAUUGGAUAUGACUGCUACUUUCAAAAUCAGGAAGGUGGACUUACAAAAGGAAGGCUACAAUCCCUCAAUUUUAACAGACAAACUUUACUACUUCGACCCAAAACAAAAUAAAUACGUUAGUUUAGGACCGGAAGAGUAUGAAAAAAUUAUUUCAGGACAAAUAAGACUGUAAACAAGUGUGUGUGAAUUAUGAUUUAAGUAGUGCGGAAAUGUGUUUGAAGAUAAUUGGUGGAUAUUGUAAAAUUUGCUCAAAAUAUCUGUAGUAAUAAUAUUUAUUUGAAAUUAAAGUCGCCCUUUUUGGAAAUAUAUACGCCAUAAGUGCCUUUGCCGUCACCACUGUAAAAUAAUAUAGGAAACGUUUUACUAGAGCUACCUAGGGCUUGAGACAAAAUCAAACAAAAUUUUUAUGUAAAUGGUCACGUUACAAUCUUCGUUUAGCGUUAGUGGGUCAUGCCUGUCGAAAAGUCAUUCUGACUCAAGCCCCUGAAUAAAUUGUAAAUCGUAUUAAAACAGAGUAAUAAAAUGUAUAUCAAAUUACAAAAUAGUUACUGCUGGAAAAAGUUGUCCUAUACCGGUAUCCUACAUAGUUUUACGGAAAUAUUUGAUAUUUUAUAUUACUGAUAAUUAUAGUCAUACAACCUUUGCUUGUUUUAUUAGAGCAAGCUUUUGUAUUAAAACAUUUAGUUGUUUAAUAGUAAAGUAAUUUCAAUUUGGAAUUGCGGAUGAGAUUGUUGUUAUAAAUUUAUACUAUUUCUAACAAAAUGUUUAGUUUAUAUUUAAAUGCAUUUUAUAAUUUAGGACGGGCUUUUAAUGAUUGCUUAUAUACCUAAGUGAGAUAUGUGUUAUAGUAUAAGUUAUCGGAAAAUAUAAAAAAAUCUUUUUUA